UUUAUAGAGAGUUGUUUUGGAAAAUAUAAAGAAAGAUUGAGUUUGAAUAAAAUCAUUUCAAGUCAAUACUUCUGUGACCUUUUUUACCAUAGGUUUUCCAAGAUGAACCCUUGAAGGGUUCAGUUUUUACUAAACUUCAGAAAUGGUUUCGAGCGUCGACGGUUACUGAACACAAACCCUAUCACAUAGAAAUCCCGCAAACAAAAAAAAACAAAAACAAUAGUCGAAAUGGACUAUUAAUGAAGUAACAAAGCGCGCUCUUUUUCUUCGCCCUUAUCUGUCGAUGGUAACCAUUUGCAAUGUCUAAAAUACGCUUAAAAGAGGAAAACAGCCGUGCAUCUAUUCGAAAUAAAAAAAACUGAAGGUGGAUCGAGGAAGAAAAGUUACAAAAGUAAGCUCUGUUAGACAGAGUUUUCUUAAUCUUUACACGAGGCUGAAGUUAUGUCGACUUUCGAUUGCUCAGUCACAAAUGUGAGUCAUGCAGUUGAAGCCAGUGCAUUAGCAAACAGACCAACGCCGACCAGAAAAACCAAACUGUGUGGAUUGUUACUGAAUGUGGCAGCUGCGAUAUCCCUUGCCCUGUCAGGCGCCAUCAUUCAGUUCUCGGAACUCGGCGGAUGCACUGCUUCCUUUGGAGUCGGAUAUCUUGGCACGCUCUCGGGUUUAGUCGGGUUAUUUGCUUGCAGUCGGAAAACAUACCCAAGAGAUAAAUUGUUCAAAGUUUUCCUCAAUGGAUUUUUCUGUGCGGGGUUGUUCAACUUCUUAUUCUUUCUAUCUCUGGAUUUUAUGACAGUUGGAGACGCUACUGCUGUUAAUUACUUCUCUGCAUUCGGGUUUUGUCUCAUAUUAGAAAUUUUCUGUCUUAAGUUCGUUCCUCAUUGGUGCACUGUCCUCUCAACUCUGAUUGGUCUAGCUGGACUAGCUUGUAUUAGCCAAUCGCAGACGGGCGACGACUUCGAUUUCGAUCUCAGUUACAUUUUGGGAGUAGUUUUAUCGACAUUGUCGGGAUUUUUCGGAGCACUGUCUUUCAUCAACAUGCACAAGUUGACCAACAUUCCGGUGUCUCUCUUAGUUGCCGCUUCGUUUACGGGAUGCUGCAUAUUUCCAUUGCCUGAAAUGAUAAAUAAUAAAAUGGAGCUCCAAAGCGCCUCAAUUGCCGACAGGAUUCUAGCAAUUUUUGGCUACUCGUUGUACGUGGCCGUCGGCUUCUUUGGGAUUCUCGGCUCCCGAAAGUCGCUGCCUUCUCUGUCUUUUCUCAUUAAAUUACUAAGUAUCGUGCUAUGUUACAUUCUACAAGUAUUCUGGCUUCAGGAAGACCCAAUGGUACUUUCGAUUGUCGGAUCUUGUCUCAUAUGUGUGAGUAUUGUACUGCAGUCGCUGAUUGCAAUGAUGACGACCCACCCCAUAACAUCAAGUGCCUGACGGAUGAACAUUUAUUUGCCAUGAGAAGAAAUUUAUUUAUGUAAACGAUUCAAAAAGCAAAUGUAU